GAAAGGAAGUAGCGACAGGCUAGCAUGUUAGCCGGUCCGCUCUCACACAGUCUGUCAGGAAAUAGUGGACUUUUGACCCUAGUUUAUUCCAGAGGCCGUUCUUCUUUAUUUAAUACAAGCCUGUGAGUAGGCUCCGUUUUUUUUCCUUCUUCUAGUCGGUUCGUUUUUUUAAAAAAAAUUCUCCCCUCCCUGGUUUCAAACCUUCAAACCGACUCAACCGGGAGCUUUGUCUUAUCUGUCUGGGACUCCACCGUUGUUAGCCCGGUUGGUUCAAGUCACUGUUUCUUCAGAGGAGGAAAAACACACCACGAACCGAAAACAAGCUGCGACUUGGUUGUUAUUUAUUUUCCCACCAGUCAAGGAUUACACCAAGACAAUGAGAAGAACAGCCGGGAAAGGUGCUGUGUGGUGAGAGGGAAUCAGUGGGUGCGGCAUGCUGAGGCCACUCCCCCUGGCUCAGGAUGAGUGUCAUAGAUGGCGCUGCCACCAUGGCAACAAACGCAGGUGGCGGAGGGGGGGGAGGUGGGCCAGCUAGCCCUAACGAUCACGAUGGUCGCUCAUACCUGCUCCAGAUCUACCCACGGUUGGCUGCUCAGUCCACCACCUGCUGUAACCUCAGGGUGCAGAAAGAUGCAACAGCAGCCUCAGUGAUCUCAGACGCUGCCACGGCACUGGGGCUGGACCCUGGCCGCAUGUAUGUCCUAGCAGAGGUGAAGGAAUGUGGUGGGGAAGAGUGGGUGCUAGAGGCCGGAGACCUGCCAGCACAGAGGUUUCUGCUGUGGCCUCGAAAAGCCCAGGAACAACACCCUCAGAGCCUAGGCUUUUACUUCUUACUACAGGAGAGGAACCAUGAUGGCACUAUUCAUUAUGUCCACCUCCCGUCUGUGACUAAGGAGCAGGAGGCACAGCGGCUAGCUGCCAGGGGCUUCCUUCCCCCUCCACAGGAUGACUUUGCAGACCUCUGCAAUCUCCCCAUCCUCAAUGAGGACAGCAUAUUAAACAACCUGCGCACACGCUUUUACAAAAAAAAGAUCUACACUUAUGCAGGCAGUAUCCUCAUUGCUAUCAACCCCUUCAAGUUCCUGCCCAUCUACAAUCCUAAGUACGUCAAGAUGUACGAAAACCACCAGCUGGGCAAACUGGAGCCACACAUUUUCGCUAUCGCAGAUGUGGCCUACUAUGCUAUGCUCAGGAAGAGGAUCAACCAGUGCAUCGUCAUCUCUGGGGAAAGUGGCUCAGGCAAAACCCAGAGUACCAACUUCCUGAUCCACUGUCUGACUGCACUUAGCCAGAAGGGCUAUGCCAGUGGGGUGGAAAGGACCAUACUGGGAGCUGGACCGGUCCUGGAGGCCUUUGGGAACGCCAAGACAGCACACAACAACAACUCCAGCCGCUUUGGUAAAUUCAUCCAGGUUAAUUAUCUGGAGAGUGGAGUGGUCAGAGGGGCGGUGGUGGAGAAGUAUCUCCUGGAGAAGUCACGUCUGGUCUCCAGAGAAAAGAACGAGAGGAACUACCACGUGUUUUACUACCUGCUGUUGGGAGCUUCAGAGGAGGAGAGGAAGGAGUUCAAGUUGCUGCCACCUGAAGAAUACUUCUACCUCAAGCAGCAAAACUUUAAGAUAGAAGAUGAGGAGGACCUGCGGCAUGACUUCGAAAGGCUGCAGCAGGCAAUGGAGAUGGUUGGCUUCCUUCCCGCCACCAAGAAACAGAUCUUCUCUGUGCUUUCGGCCAUCUUGUAUCUGGGCAACGUGACCUACAGGAGGAAGUCUACAGGCCGAGACGAGGGUUUGGAUGUGGGACCACCAGAGGUCCUGGCUACACUCUCUGACUUGUUAAAGGUCAAAGAAGAGCUGCUGGUUGAGGCGCUGACGAAGAGGAAAACGGUGACGGUCAAUGACAAGCUGAUCCUCCCUUACAGCCACUCUGAGGCCAUCACAGCAAGAGACUCCAUGGCCAAAUCUCUGUACAGCGCCUUGUUUGACUGGAUUGUCCUACGCAUCAAUCACGCACUGCUUAACAAGAAAGAUAUGGAGGAAUCUAUCCCAUGCUUGUCCAUUGGUGUCCUGGACAUUUUUGGGUUUGAGGACUUUGAAACCAACAGCUUCGAGCAGUUCUGUAUCAACUAUGCAAAUGAGCAGCUGCAGUAUUAUUUCAACCAUCACAUCUUCAAUCUGGAGCAGGAGGAAUACCAAGCAGAGGGAAUCACCUGGCACAACAUCGACUACACGGACAACGUGGGUUGUAUCCACCUCAUCAGCAAGAAACCCACUGGCCUACUCUACCUGCUGGAUGAGGAGAGCAACUUUCCCCACGCCACAGAUGAGACAUUAUUAGCCAAAUUCAAGCAGCAGCACCAGGGGAACAAAUACUUUGUCCCCACAGCAGUCAUGGAGCCUGCCUUUGUAAUUCGACACUUUGCUGGGAAAGUCAAAUAUCAAAUCAAGGAUUUCCGGGAGAAGAACACAGACCACAUGCGUCCAGACAUCGUGGCGUUGUUGCGGAGUAGUGACCGUGCUUAUGUGAGGCAGCUAAUUGGCAUGGACCCAGUGGCCAUGUUUCGAUGGGGCAUCCUGCGCGCCACCAUCAGAGGCCUUGCUGCCUUUAAUGAAGCUGGCCGUGCCUGGGCUGCCAAAACUUCAGGCGUUGUCCGUCCAGCCUCCAGAACUCCUUUGGGAGAACUGAAGAGAUCCAAUGCCCCAAUAGACAGAAUGUACAAACGAGCGUCUAUGCUCGAUUUCUACUUUGAUCACUCAGAGGAGCGCCCUCUUGAGGCCUUUGAAGACAUCUUUGCUAGCUAUGAGAGUAAGAAAGACAUGCAUGCAGAGAUCAUCAGCUCCAUUAAGAACUUGCAGUUGGAUGGUGAAGACCCUCGCAAGCUGCUGCAGUCCUGGGGACGCCUCCGCUUCCCUCGACACGUCCUCCAAAAACAGAAGAGCACCAAACAGAGGCAGGUCAUCCCCAAGAGUUUGCUGGAUUCUCGAUCCCUUAAGUUCAUUGUGAGCCUGACGCUGCACGAUCGCACUACCAAGUCUUUGCUCCACCUGCACAAGAAGAAAAAGCCCCCCAGCAUUAGUGCCCAGUUUCAGACAUCUCUGACCAAACUCUUGGAGACUCUGAACAGAGCGGAGCCUUUCUUCAUUCGCUGUAUCCGCUCCAACGCUGAGAAGAAGGAGAUGUAUUUGGAUGAGGCCUUAGUGGUUCAGCAGUUGCGAUACACAGGAAUGCUAGAAACUGUUCGCAUCAGGAGGUCAGGCUAUGGAGCCAAGUACACAUUCCAGGAGUUCGUAGAGCAGUUCAGGGUUUUGCUGCCAAAGAACACCACCGCCUUCAAAGUGGACAUCUCAGAGCUGCUUGGGAAUAAGAUGGGCCUGGACCCCACCACAUACCAGAUAGGAAAAACUAAGGUGUUCUUGAAGGAGCUAGAGCGACAGAAGCUGCAGGACACUCUGCACAAAGAUGUAAUGCGUAAGAUCAUCUUCCUUCAGCGCUGGUUCAGAGCUCGCCUGCAGAGGAAAGAGUUUCUGGACAUGAGACAGGCAGCCGUCUUGAUUCAGCGUUCAUGGCGCAGGUACUGCAAAGAGGAGCAAAGAAGACGGGCAGCCACUCUGAUCCAGGCUGUGUGGAGAGGGCACAGACAAAGACUAGAGAACCAACGCAAAAGACAGGGUGCGACCAAGAUACAAGCCCUGGUCAGAGGACACUCAGCACGUAGAAGGUGCCAUUCCCUGCGUGAGGAGAAACAGAGAAAGGAGGAGGAGGAAAAAGAGGCUCGGAAGAGAGCAGAGGAAGAAGAAAGAAAGAGGCGGGAAGAAGAAGAAGAGGCAAGGAGAAGAGCAGAGGAGGAGGAAGAAAGAAGGAGGAUUGAAGAAGAAGAAGAGGAAGCAAAGAGAAAAGCAGAAGAGGAGGAUGCAAAGAGGAGAGUAGAGGAAGAAGAGGCUGCCAAACAAGUGCAGGAAGCAGAAAAAAGACUGGAGAGUGAGCCUCAAACAAGAGAGGAUCCAGAUAUAGAGCUGGUCACAGAGGAGACACUGGAUGACAACUUCUCUGUCCAGGAGAGAGAGGAGGAGAGAGGAGGAGAGGAUGAAGAGGUUAAUACAAGCGCACAUACAGAGGAGGAACAGGCCAAGAAUGAAGAGCAGGAGAAUAGGGAAUCGGAUUUGGAAGCCAAUGGUACCAUGGCUGAGGCUGGACCCCAGCUGGAUGAGAAAGAAGAAGAAGAGGAGGAGGAGGAUGAGAAAGAGGAUUUGGAGAACCAAACACUAGGAGAGUCUGAUUCAAAACCUGCUCUGCCCUCAGAUGAGGGCCCCUCCAGUGCACUUACACCCUCAUCUCUAGGCGAAGUGUCAGGUCAACAGCCUCCCAGUGAUACCUCCACACCUGCAAACGCUCAACAAAAUAAAGUACGAACUUCAGCUGUUAACAGGGGCCCGUCAUCCAGGAGUCAGGAAAAGAGGGAGCAGAGGAGACGAAGAGGGCUGGAGCACAACCAGAGAGAGACUGAACGAGCCUCGUCCUCCUCCUCCUCCUCAGCCAUCAGCAAGGAGGAAACAUCUCCACCGAAAAGCAAAAGUCAGGAGACCUCAAAGCUAAAAGAGCGGGCAGACAGCAAGGAGCUGGACCAGUACACCUUUGUGGCCUGGAAAAUGAAGGAAGACAAAGGAGGGAAGAAGGAGGCGAAAACAUCUCCUCCUUCUGCUGGUCCUAUUCGUCCAUCUACAUUACCCCUGCAGCCUGCUGACUCUGUGCCUGAGAGGAACGGUCUAGGAGAGGGUGCAGGAGCAGUGAACCUGCAUCGCCGUCCUGGAGCGAUUAAGGAGAAGCCAGAGAAGUGGAAGGGGAGGAGGAGUGAUGGAGAUUUGUCUGAGGGAACCAGCCCUCCUCCACCUCACAACAGGGAAGACAGGAGGAAAAAAACGCUGAGUGAAAUGGCCACCUCAUCAGUUGACAGUUUGUCUCCAGGUUCCGAAGGUGCUGGUGCAAUUUCAGCCAGAGAGCUGAUUUCACCCUCAGAAAGCCUUGCUGAUGGCUCAAAGGGAAGCUCCAUCCGAAGAAAACACCAAGAUGGUUCUGGUCACGGAGACUCAACACACUCUAUCCCGUCCACACCAGAUAGGCCCAGUGGUUUCUUCAGCAAGAUUUUGAAAAAACGGCCACACAAGGAGGCCCAGACUCCAGACAACGGAGAGUUGACACUUGCUCAGAUUCUCAAUGAGAGGCCAACAGGAGGGGAAGCUCCAGCUUCUGCACACCCGUCUCGGCCUCUUUCACAGCCUCAGGGGGAUCGUGCCAGUAAAGGUUUGGGCCGCAACCCCACCAUCAAGAUCAGUCGAGCCACACGGGUGUCAGAGCAGUGGAACGCCUCACUGGAUCGGGAAAUCACCAACGCCAAUGAGUUGCGGCACCUCGAUGAAUUUCUAGGCAACCAGGUCAAUGAUUUCCGCUCCAGAGGGAAGUCGCUGUCAGCCACAGAGGCCAUCUUUGUUACAGCUACCAUGCAGUUCAGAGAGAAUAUCAAAGCCAUGUAUUCUGUUCAAAAACCCACCAUCGGCUACAAAGGUCUGAUGACAAGCUACCAGAACAAAGUGAUGCACCUGGCAGAUGACAAGCAGAAAGGAGAAGUCCAACUUGUGGUCAACCUCUUCCAGUCAGUGCUGGACGGCUUCAUCAGAGGAGAGAUGAAGAAGGAGGAGGCUGAGCCUGCAAAGCCUGCUAAAGCGAGGAAGAAGAGGAGGAAAAAAGACAAAAGUAUGGAGAGCCCUCUGGAUCACAGUUUCGUCAACUAUCAGGUCAACAUUAUGCAGUCAUGUGACCAGUGUAGUUCUUACAUCUGGGGAAUGGAGAAGGCCUACAUGUGCAGCUAUUGUAAAAUGGUGUGUCACAAGAAGUGCCUCUGCAAAAUAGUCACUGACUGCUCCACCUUCUGUGCCAAAAAGAGUGAUGAGGAGUUUGCUGGUCAGCACUUUGGAGUGCGAGUGUGUCAUCUGGUCAGUGAUAAGAACCCGGUGCCCAUGGUGCUGGAGAUGAUGCUGGAGCACGUGGAGAUGCAUGGCCUCUACACUGAGGGCAUCUACCGCAAGUCUGGCUCUGCCAACCGCAUGAAAGAGCUGCACCAGCGUCUAGAGACCGACCCCCACCUGGUCCACCUCGAAGACUAUCCCAUCCACACAGUGACGGGCCUGGUUAAACAGUGGUUGAGGGAGCUACCAGAUCCGCUCAUGACCUUCACACAUUACAAUGACUUUCUGCAUGCAGUGGAGCUGCCAGAGAAGCAGGAGCAGCUUCAUGCUGUAUACAAGGUGCUGGAAGAGCUUCCUACAGCAAACUACAACACAUUGGAGAGGCUUGUUUUCCACCUGGUCAGGGUGUGUAAAGAUGAGGCUCACAACCGCAUGUCACCUAACUCAUUGGCUAUAGUUUUUGCCCCGUGUGUCCUGCGCUGUCCGGACAGCGCCGACCCACUGCUCAGCAUGAAGGACGUUGCCAAGACAACCACGUGUGUAGAGAUGAUCAUCAACGAGCAGAUCAGACUCUACAACGAGAAGAUGGAUGAGAUUGAGCAGUUGGAGUACGCCGAAGCUCUGGCCGUUAACCAGCUCAAACUCAAGAGACAGAACACGCGCUACUGGCAUUUACCUCUCAGGUUCUCAGCUCCUUACAAAGGAGUGGUGGUGCACGAGAAGGUCGGUUCUGAUCUGAGUGUGGUCCCCGAGAACGAACCUCUGGACUCAGACACAGAGGCUGAGAAGAACUUGGUGGAACGCAUCAAGUCCAUCAAACAGGAGAAAGAGGAUCUGGCGUGCCGGCUGCCAGAGAUGGAGCAACCUGGUUCAGACCAGGAGAACUUGGACUCCGAAGCCUCGCUGAGCUCUGAGAGUCUUUUGGACGAGCAGCAGCGCUCUUCUGUCCACAGCUCAGAGCCUGAAGGACGAGGUAGCACCCAGCUGAGGAGAUUCAAGCCAGUUUGUCCCCCCAAACCACCAGACCUGGCUCAGCGACCUAAAGUCCCCGGUGGACGCGUCUCUCUGCCAAACCUGACCCAUGCUAGCUCCUCCUCCUCUCUGUACAGCUGUGCUUCUUCAAUCUCCGAAUCCUCCAACAGCUCCUUCAGGCACCCGCUGCAACGCCGCAACCCCGUCAUCCCAGACACAGUUAAACUCCCUCUGGGCGUCCUCUCCCGGUCGGCAGCUUCCAGUCCAACUCAGACGCCUCCUGGAAAUCAAGCGUUGAAGUACUUCAGGAGAAGAGAGACUCCCGGCCGCCGCAAAGACAGCACCCAGUCCCUCUACAUCGACGGGUCAGAGUGUGACCUGUUGUUGCAUUUCUCCUCAUGCCCUCCCUCCGCUUCCUCCUCCUCCACCUCCAUCUCCGUGGUAACACCCUCUCCUCAGCAACAGGACACACAGGCCUCAAAGGGCAAGAGACGUUUUUCUGACCCAGACAUACCUUUUAUUGAUGAUGACGUCUGACCAAGACAGAGCAGAAAAGAUGGUGAAGAGUGGAUAAAAGUAAAUGAAUGAAAAUGACUCAUGGAGUGGCUACAGAUGGGGAGAGGAAAAGAAGAAUCACAGUACAGUACAUUACAAAACAUUUGAAUGAAAAAGUGACACAAAAUGGAAGCUGUUUUGCUCGCUAUUGUCAGUGGGAACCAAUCAAGGAACUGCAAAUUUGUCUAAAGUCUUAUUGUCUUUUAUGACAGUAGAAAUCACCGGACACUUGUUGCCAAGCACCUUUUCUACCAUUUUAAUAUAUAUUGUGGUUGCUGUUGAUGAAUUCAGUUGGGACGGAGGCAUGUUUUCCUGCAGCCUCAUAAUAAUGGACCGGCAAUUUUUGUUUUCCUUCUCCUGUUGUUUUUUUUUGUUUGUUUGUUUUUUUAAACAUGCGCUAAUGCAAGGAAAUAUCACAGGUUCCAGCCACACUUUUCAUUUCCUAGUUCUCACCUUGAGCAGAACAUGCUCCCUGAAAUGUUAGCUAGUGCCUUGGUAAUAAUGUACAGUCCGUUUUCUUGUGUUAGGUCAUGGCUUAUAGAGGGAAGGAAGGGUUAUUUAGGAUAAAGAGAGGGUACCUUUGUCUUCAGAUUUCUGUGUUAAAUGUACUGAACCGACACAAGACAUGUUUGAAACAAGGACCUACAGUAAACAUGCACAAUGCAACUAUUGUACAGGUGCCUCAUCACAGCAGCUCCACCUUAACCCCCUUCACCUGUCGCACAACAAAACUCCCCCAUUAGGAAGUCAUUUCCUCACAUAGCAAGGGAAAUGGGAGCAGCACACGCCACUUUUUUCCUUUUGAAACAACAAAAACACAAAGCCUUGAUGCAACAUCGUGCCACAAUGUCUUUAAAGUCUCACCUCCCCUUUUCUAAGAAUGAACUUCCGCUCAGCUGUCCCGCACCUGCCGCUCACAGUAAACUAAAUGAGCAGGUUCUGCUGAAGUACAGCUCUGGCCAACUUUGUAUGAAAUGUAAUACUAAUGUUCCUCUCUGACUGCUGUUGAAUGAUGUGUUAGUUUGUCUGGAAAUAUGAGGACGAUGUUCUGAUGUGUAAUGUGUAACAGAGAGUGUAUGGUUGGGACUGAAUGACGUGAACUGUAAUGGUUAUUAGUAUUAACGUGACAAUACAGAACGUGAUGCUUGUAACGUCUGCUGCUGUGUGUUUUCAUCAGGUUUCUUACGUUUCAUCUGUGAGUGGAUAAUGGGGAAAAAAAGAUACAAUUGCUAGUAAAGAAUGCAGGUUAGCCAAGAAGGAGUGAACCUACCAGAAUCAGAAAUAAAGAAAUAUGUAAAUGG